UGCCUUCCAAAUAUCCCGUGGAAUGGAAUACCUGGCGUCUAAAAAGGUAAAAUACUAACGGCUUUUCUCAAACAAAAUCAGACGCCCACAUUUAUUUAAAUGUUAUUUGCGAGCACUUGUUCUCUCGCCCUUUUCGUGAUCUUAUUCGUUAAUUUGACUGACAGUCUGGGCUUGUUGUUUUGCGCCGAGGUAAAUGUAAUUAUUCUCGCGAAGCGCAAGUACCGCGCAUGGUCUUAGCGACCUGCAAUAUACAGCUAUUUCGAGAAAGGUUGUCGGAAAAAGUACACGGGACAAUCCCGAAAGGUCUUGUGGGUGGUUUUGAGUUCUCUGUUCUUCAAAGAAUUUUGAAAGAAUGGCGCGAAAAGCCAUAAACGUAUGUUGCACAUGCUAAAGGAAAGCAACAAGAGAAGAUUCGCCAGAGAUACUGGAUCAUAAGUUUCUGGGAAACUACCUACCUACCCCUCCCCUAAGCCAACAUUAACACUUUGUUCUCACUUAGGGCAAAAUGUUGGCUUAGGGAAGGGGUAGGUGGGCAGAUUCCCAGAAGCGUAUUAUAAUGAUACUCUCCAAAAUUUCGUAUCUAGUUGUGUGCCGCCUACGGCCGCAAACCCUGACCCUAUCAAAAAUUGACAGCCCGAAAAAUGACGCCCCAUUUAAGGGGAAAACAAAAACUAACAACUUAAUGGCAACACACAAACCUUAAUUAAACCGCUUUCCAAAUACUCUAAGAAAUAGUCCAGUUUUUAACAGAUGAUUUGUUUCUUGUGUAGCUGGGCAAUUACUCACUUGAGUCUUAACUGAUACAAAUUAGGUAACCUAUUUAACGUUCACAUGUACACCACCUGGGACGCAAUGCCAAUAAGGCCAAAAAAAGAUAUUCUAUUUAUUUUAAGGAUGGAGGCCUUUAAAAACCAUACCCUAUCUGGCGGCAUGUAGCUAUCUAACCUAUAUAUGGGAGAACUCCUCCCCCGGUUUUUUGUUUUGUGGUGACAAUUGAGUGUUUGAGAGGACCGUAAAUGAUGUAAUGGACGGCCCCUUCCAAAGUCCGGGCAUGCCCAGAAGGAAAAUGUUUGGGGUUUAAUUUUGUUGUUGUUUUCUUUCUUAUUUGUUUGUUUAUUUAUUUACCGUUUUUCUUUUUUUGCCUGCCUGUUUGACUAGUGUAUUCACCGAGAUUUGGCGGCCAGAAACGUCCUCGUGGGAGAAGACUACGUUAUGAAGAUCGCUGACUUUGGUCUCGCGCGCGAUAUUUACAAGAGUGACUUGUAUGUGAAGACGACAAGUGGUGUAUUGCCAAUCAAGUGGAUGGCUCUGGAAUCGUUGUUUCAGAAGGAGUACUCACAGAAGAGUGAUGUGUAAGUACAAGUAACAUGCCAAAAGUGUUGAAGGGGUAUGUGUUUAUAUUGAGGCAACUAAUAUAUUGCACCAUCAAGCGUUUUUUCGGGGCGCCACGCAACUCUUUACAAGGCCUCUCUGUAUUGGCUGUGAAAACAAUAGACAUAGAAAUAUAACAAUGACUCUAUCCCUAAAACAAUGGAGCUACGUUUUAUGGAGAACCAAUGAAAUUAGUCUGAAUCUGUUUUUUCGCCCCAUGUAAGGAAAUUCAAGACAGUUUUGGAUUCUAGAUACCGGAUUCUAGUUAGUGGAUUCCAAGCUUUGAAGCAUGGAUUCAUGCUUUCAAUCGUUAGUGGGAUUCCGGGUUCAUUGAGCUAUAUUCCGGAUACCAAAGCCCAGGAUUCCAGAUACCACAAGCACAAAUUUCCCAGAUUCUGGAAUCCACCAGCAACAAAUUUCUCGAAUUCCGGAUUCCACAAGCAACAAAUUUCCCAGAUUCUGGAUUCCACAAGCAACAAAUUUCCCGGAUUCCGGAUUCCACAAGCACCAAAUUUCCCAGAUUCCGGAUUCCACAAGCAACAAAUUUCCCGAAUUUCAGAUUCCACAAGCAACAAAUUUCCCGGAUUUUGGAAUCCACAAGCAACAAAUUUCCUGGAUUCCGGAUUCCACAAGCAACAAAUUUCCCAGAUUCUGGAAUCCACAAGCAACAAAUUUCCCGAAUUCCGGAUUCCUCAAGCAACAAAUUUCCCAGAUUCUGGAUCCUACAAGCAACAAAUUUCCCGGAUUCCGGAUUCUGGAAUCCACAAGCAACAAAUUUCCCGGAUUCUGGAAUCCGGAAUCCGGAUUCCUUACAUGAGGCGAGUUUUUUAAGUUCUCAAAUUUGCAUUCGACUCGUGCCUAUGAAUCACGAAAUGCACUCGCGUUCAUGCGCUUUUUAUAGCACGCGAGAAAGAAAAAAACUGUUGAUCCUUGAUUUAUUUUGCAUGCCUGCUUUCAGUCCGCUGUACUAGAGUUAAGAAGCGGCUUAAUCAUCUGUCUCUACAAGUACACAGUUUAACUUCUUAUUCCCUUUCUUCUGCUUAGAGAGUUUAUGUUUUAAACUUUGGGGUUUAACUUUGCAGAUGGUCUUUUGGUAUUUUAUUGUGGGAGAUCUUUACACUUGGCGGGACACCGUAUCCCACCAUUCCUAUGGAAUAUCUCCUUGACUUUCUCUGUGAUGGAAGGCGUAUGGAAAACCCUCAAAACUGCCCCUUGGAGGUUUAUAACAUUAUGCAGAAUUGCUGGCUGGAGGAUCGGGAUAAGCGACCAGAAUUUGCUCAGAUCAGCAUUUUGAUUGGCAAAAUACUCGAGCAACGUGCUUGCCAGGUGAGUCCUUUCAGCCCAGAAGAAUGGUGAAAUAAUUGUGGAGUUUGUGUAGGUAAUAGCAUGAUUUUUAGUGAUAUCUGGCAUAAAUGCCGCGAGUGAUAUUUCAAAAUUGUUAUACGAAAUUUCACGAGCCGUUAGGCGAGUGAAAUUUGAGACAAUUUUGAAAUAUCACGAGUGGUAUUUAUGUCAAAUAUCACGUACAAAUCAUGCUAUUAUUUGUUUAUACUACUACCCACAAAAGGUUUGUAAUUUUCACAUGUAGGUAUUUCAAAUUAAGCUGAAAUACCACUGCUCUAAGAUGGUUAAAGCACCAAAUUUUGGCAUAAUGAUAGUUUACGACACAGUAGACAAUAUUGGUUAUGGACCCCUUCUAGAUCUAUCCCAUAAUUCCAAACACAGCAUACUUUGGGAGAAGAACAUAACCGACUUUUUGAAGGCUUUAAUAACUACGGAUAGCAUAAAGAUCUUUUCUAUUACAUUUUGUUCUCUAGUUACUGUUUAUUGCACUUGCAAAAUAGCGAAAGACGCUUUCAGAGUUGUCAGUUAACGUUACAACUUUUUACAUGCAGCAUUGCGCUGUAGCUCGUUUCGUUUUAAAACAGUAAUUUGUCUGUAGCUGAGAUGUACAAUGUUGUAUACCACUGAAAGACAGUGUCUUUUUACUGUAAAUUAAUAACGUUAAUGCAGUUUAAAGACGAGUGUGAGCAUGAUUUUAGGUACUGAACACUUAAAACUUCAAGUGGAGUCAUAAAAGUGACGUGAUCAUAGUGACCUCUUUUAUACGUACACCUUUCUAAUACGAACACUUUGUUCUGUCCCUUCGGUGUCCGUAUUAGAGAGGUUCGACUGUAUAUAGUUUUUCGAGGGACCGCUUGUUUUACUUUCUUUAAAAGGUGGCUUACUACAAUUUUCGGAUACGUCAUCGUACGGGAUAAUAAACAUAGCCGUACGGGCCGGGGGGGCGAGGGGGGCUGCAGCCCCCCCAAAUUUUGGGCAACUCAGUUUUUUGGGGCAGCUAGAGAAAAAUUUGGGCAAAAUCAGUUUUAAGACGUUUCCGUUUUUUUAAAUCAUUAUUUUUAAAUCAUUAUUUUUUCUAUUUUAACCUGAAGUUGGCGUAAUAAUCUAGUACUGCUACAUUCACACGAGACAGUGGUUGCCUAGCACGUAAUGAGUUUCUAGUUAUAAGGGAAGGGUAUCAUGUGGUGAUUUUUUUUAUUGUUGGGCACUGUACUGCAGUGGGCUAUUUCCAGUCGUGAAUUGAUUAGAAUAAACUUCCGCCUAACUUUCUAGAAUCAUCUCCGCCCGUAGAACAGUGUAUGGCAGAUAACAUCAGCAAUGGGUCUGAAAGUGAAGAAGUGGCUGACUAAUUCUCAGUUUGAAUUACCCCUAGAAUCGUAAUUUUUUUAAAAAAAAUCUAUCGAGUGGUUUAAAAAUUAAAUUAUUCACUAAUUUGUUAAAGUAGACCGAAAUGUUUACAAAACCGCUAACAAGAGCGCCAUGAUACAUACUAAAUACUCGAAUCCUUUUUUGGUCCGAGCUAUCUCCAUGAUCUUUUACCCACGUUUUAAAAAGACUGAUACUACUAUGAGGUGAAAUUGCAUCGUUUUCUACAGAUAACGGCCAAACAUCAAGAUUUUCCUUUUUUACCGUAUUUCUAACGAUAAAAACUUUAUCCGAAAAUAUCUCCGCAAUGCUCUUACGGAUUCCGUUUUAACUUUACGAACAUCGAGGCGACUAUUGGAGGAAAAUGCUCACGUGAACGAUUUUGGAAGAACAGUUCCCAGUGAGGAAUGUUGCUGCAAGUAUAAUUGGUAAUGGCGUCAUUUGGUUGCUAUGACAACUCCGAUAUUAUUGCAACCAUGAUCAUGACAAAUUUUCAUCUCUAAUACAACUGUGGUGGCAAUGUUUAUGGUGUCGUAGUCUAUGCUCAAAAAAAAUUCACAGGUAUUGACCCUGAAAACCUGUAUCGAGCCACUUUCAUCUGCUAGUACGGCCUAUGUUGUUGCAUUGUAUGGCCCUCGUUUCUGUUCGACUGUUUUGUAAAAAUUUGGGCAACUUGCAAGAAUUUUUUGGGCAAAUGGUUUACCGCCCCCUCUGGCAAAAAAUUGCCCGUACGCCUAUGAUAAUAAAACAUUACCUGAGUGUGAAUAGUACAGCAAAAGUUCCUGAAAUAUAUGCGUGGAUAUCGACCAGUACUCAAAAUAGGCUAUAUUUCCGCUGCUCUCUCGGGUCAGGGCGGGCUCAUUUCCCGAACAGUGGCUAGUAAUCGAUCUUAUUGUCAGAAUGGAUCAGUAAAUAUACUAGCCUGCGAGCAAGCUGUCCGGGGCGCCCUGUCGGCGGGGCGAAGGGAAGGAGAGCUUGCAACGACGUCUCUGGAAUUUGAAUAUCUGCAUCGAAAAAGUCGAGGCGAAAUGCUGAUUGGCGGAGAUGACAUUAGUAAUGACGUCAUUACCCUUGGUACGUGUUUUUCAAUGUUGUUUACGUUCGCUUUCGUUUCCCCUUCGCUCUGAUUGGCGGAAAUCUGAAAAAGCUCAGUCGACGGGGAGCCGCAGGGGAAUUGGAGGUGGAAUUCAAAUUGCAAUCUGUCCUCCCUUUACCCGCCCCGCCGCCAGGACGCCCCGAAGAGCUGCUCGCAGGCUAUAAAUAUACGUGUUAGGGUUAUCUGUGAUGUACUGUUAUUCUUUUGGCCUCGUCAAUUUCUCAAUUCUUGGUUGACUGUAGUUUGUAUAUCUCUAAGAAAGUCAAACCGUUUGCAGAUGUUUUUACAAAGGCAGCACUUUCUUCUCAGUUCAGUUUAAAGACCCUGAGUGUUGGUUCGGCCGGGGUUUGAACCAACGGCCUCCCACUCAGCAGACCGGCGCUUAUCCCAUUGAGCUAGCCGGGCGGCGGUUUUUUGUAUACCUCUAAGAAACUUCUAUACCCUCUGUAACAAUAAUGUUAGGAGUAAGUAAUGCGACAAAGUGGUUGCACGAACAGUUUGUGUAGGCUACCGCAUACGCAAAUGCACCGUUGUUCUUUUAACGGUUGUCAUCUGUCGUCAUUUGCCAGUGUUUAAAUGCAGCGUAUCAAUCAGACACCUAGGGAGCUAUCGGUAAUUUCCUCAACAUACAAAGUUUUUUUAAGAGAAAAUAUGGGAAGGAACGUUUGGGAUUUGCUGUGUAACUCUUGUCUGCUUUAUACCGCACUGAGGUAUGGGUGUUAUGGAAACUGGGCGUCUUUUUUUCUCAACAGAGAGUUGCAUCCGGGUACAUUAAGUUAACAGGAGAUAACAACUAUGGCAGACACGAUUACUACCUUGAUCCGGUUGAUUCAGACUCAACAAUUCCUCUGACGAGAGCAGAUGUUUAUGACAGGUUAGUACUUUAAGAACUUUAGAUUCGAGUACGAGAUUUGGCAUCAAGUUUUUUCGCAUAGUCGUAAAAAAUGGACACCCCGGAAAGCUUCAUAGUACUUUUUUGCACCAGAAAAGUUAGCACUGUUAUCUGUUAUUGAAAGCCUGAGGUUAAGCCCCCUCCCGGUCGCAAAAUCACAAAAGCUCAAACAUUUAAUAGCUCGUUUCCGCCACCACGACAUUCUUGCAAAAACUCGCACUAGAAUGACGACGACUAUCACGUUUUCCCGCCAAAAUGACGCUGGUUCACGCGCGAGCAUUCCUUAGUAUUGAGAACAUCUCGUGCUCGUAGUUGUACUCGUCUUAGAAUCUAAUGGUCUCUCUUCUUUCCAAUGAGUAUCCGGUUGUUAAUUAAACUCCAGUGAGCCAAAUGCGGGUUAGAAGACGGGUAGGUCGCGGAAAAGUGGGCGCUUAUGAACCUUCUCCCUUAAGGAACCAAAGAAGCCUAGCUAUGAGGUUUCUUCAGUUGCAAAGAGUGUGGUGAUAGGGAAAAAUGACAAUAAGAACUGUGUUCUUAACUAUGUUUUAACUGUAGGCGAUCAAGCCAAAAUCCGUUGCCUCCAAUACCACGAGACAUGGAAAAUCAGCCCGAACCGGAAUUAGACGAGAGACAGCAGAUGCUGGAACUAGAAGAUAACGGUAUUUUGUCGGGGAACGAGAGCGGUAUAGAACUGGAAGAAACUGGAGUUGAGCAGGAUGAGGCCGUGGAACUGAGACCUAUUUCUCACUCUACAGGAAAGGCGAGAGACUCCAGCUAUAGAAAUACACUCGUCUGA